AUGCGCCUGCUGCUGCUGUUCUACCUCCUCCGCCGGCUUGCAGAAAUAUGGAGCGUGGUCUUCGUGAUGAACCCAGAACCAGGCAUAACUCCUGACACCCAGGGGCUGGUCCUUCAAAAUGGACAGACUGAUGGCCCCCACUGGUCACAGAAAAGCAGAGGCACCCUAGUUGCUCAGGAGAGAGGCUCAUCUGCCAUCACUGGCCCAAAAGCAAUGAGCAGCCUAGAGGGGGGCUCGUUGACUGUGCAGUGUCAAUACACCCCUGAGUGGGAGAACUCUGUGAAGUGGUGGUGCCGAGGAGCUGCUUGGAGCAGCUGCAAGUUCGUCGUUAAAACCACUGGAUCAGAGAAGGAGGUGAAAAAGGACCGCGUGUCCAUCAGGGACAAUAGGAAAAGCCGCACCAUCACCGUGAUCAUGGAGAAGCUCAGGCUAAACGAUGCAGACACUUACUGGUGUGGGAUUGAGAAAUUUGGAACUGACCUUGGGGUCCAAGUUAAAGUGACCAUUGACCCAGCACCAACCACAGUGCCGGCCACCGCUCCUGCCACCUCUGCUAUCAACAUGUUCACAGUGCCAGUCAGCUUGGAAGAGACCAGUGGCUCCCCGGCUGUGACCAGCCCCGGAUCCAACAGCGGCAGUGUCCUCCUGAAGGCCAGCACCCUCCUUCCCUUCAUCUCUGCUGUGCUGCUUCUUCUCUUGAUGGUGGCCUCACUUGUGGUUUGGAGAAUGUUGAAACGACAGAAGAAAGCUGCUGGGAUAUCCCCAGAGCAGGAGCACCAAGGUCCAAAUGUAUCAGACAAGCCCUGUGCCCAAAUGGCCAUGUACUCAUGGCCCAGCUGCAAGGGCCGGGGAAGGGGCCAGGGCGUGCUUCAGCCCCUGGAGGGCGACAUCUGCUAUGCAAACCUGAGCCUGCAGCAGACUGAAAACUCUGGGUCCUCCCGGAAUUCCACGAGGCCCUCUUCCCCCGCCCAGGCCAGCACAGAGGAAGUUCAGUAUGUCACCAUGGCUUCCUUUCCCAGGGAGGACAUGGCCUGUGCAGCUCUGUCUUUGGAAACUUCAGAUCAAGAGCCAACCUAUAGCAACAUGGGGCAACUCAUCACCCGCAUUCCCAGCAGGAGCCAUGAGGAACCCACGGAAUACAGCACCAUCAGAGGGAGGCGAGAAGGUCACAGAGGAGAAGACAGUGUGAUGGUGGGAGCAAAGGUCGGAGUGAUGCAGCCAGGAUCCACAGAACGCCACAGCCUCCAGGAGCUGAAAAGGCUGUAG